UUUGCAUGGCCAAGGUUUAGAACCAUAUGUGAAGCUCUUUGCCUUCUGCUGUGUUUUACUCGCUUUCAAGACACGCUCUUCACACUUCUGCCUCGUUGACUUAUUGAGUAAGCACCAAGUGGCUCAAGUGAAGGAAGUUGAGGAAAUGGAGCUUCAUAUUUUGACAGGUCUGAAUCAGAGGGUGAGGCCAGUGACAGCCGUGACAUUCCUGUAUUUCCUUAUUCCCGGGCUUAAGACAUUGGUAGAUACGCAAGGAUCUUUUCCAAACAUCCCUUCCUCUCGUCUGCUUUUCAACAUUCAAACAGAUAUUAGGUUCACAAAGUUCAAGCCUUCUACACUUGCAGCGUCAGCGAUUCUAGUUGGUUCUCACCAAAUACUUCCCUGGUCAGAUUCCGAGUUCUUAAAGAAGAUUUCUUUAUCUAAAUUUGUUAAACAGUCUGAGUUGGAAGAAUGCUUUGAUGAAUUGAAGACGCAUGUUAUAUCCGAUCAUUUGCUCAGCUCUGACCAACAUUCAGGGAAGUCCGAGUUUGAUUUAACCUACAGAUGGUUUGGUGUCAGAAGGAAAUCCAAGGCCGAGAUUUGUCGACAGAUUAAAGCAAAGUGCGAGAUAGAACAAUACGGUGAUUCUAUUUUGCCCAAACCUGAGGAACCACCUUUGAAGAGGUCCUUGAGGAACGACUAUGUGCACAAUCGUAUAAAGUGUGUAAGUUUCAAAGGGCUGUGGAAUAAAGCAAAUGCUGAGGAUACGAAAAAGAUGGAAGAAAAUGAUUUUAUGGUUGUGGAUGCUGAUCCCAUUCUUGUUCAGGCUGUGAAAGCGUUGGAAGUUAUUUAAUGGAACUUAGUUUAGUUUUAUUGUCCGGUAUUAUAAUCUAAUUAGCCAGUAAUACUUGAAAGCUAUUUAAAAGUUGUCGGCUUUGUAAAUUGUAUGCACGUGAUGGUGUUAAAUAGUCAAAUAUAUUGCUAUGAGACUAAUGUU